CUGCAGCGCCACACAAAAACUCCUGCUGAACCCCAUUCAUGAAACAGACUUCCAAAUAUCCUCUUUGUGAUCUGGUGAGCAUCAUCUAUGAAUUCCCUGAGAUUGCAUGGAGGCUGUUUGGGGUACCGCUUCAAUUAUUGAAGACAUUGCGAGCCUGGGGAGGGUAAGCAUGGCUAUGUGUAGGACACAAAUAUGUUGUGACUGCAACUCACGAUGACAGUUCGCAUCAGGACUGCGGAUGUUCUCAUGAAAAGUCUGGAUAUUUUAGAGGAAGCACGAUGGACGCGGCGGACAUAGUUGCUUCCGUUUUGGUUUUGGGGAUUAUUAUCGUAUCGUUGCUGUCAAACGUUGUGGUGCUGAUCUGCUUUCUUUACGACCCGGAGAUCCGCAAACAGGUACCUGGUCUGUUUAUUCUCAACCUGACGUUUUGCAACCUGUUGCUAAGCGUGUCCAACAUGCCACUAACUCUGAUCGGGCUCAUCACCACGGGCCAUCCCGGAGGCAGCGACUUCUGCCAAAUUGUGGGUUUCCUCGACACUUUUCUCACCACUAACUCCAUGCUCAGCAUGGCAGCUCUCAGCAUCGAUAGAUGGGUGGCGGUGGUGUUCCCUUUGAGCUACCACUCAAGAAUACGGCACCGGGAUGCAGUGUUAGCGUUGGCAUACACGUGGAUACACUCACUUUGCUUCUCCAUGGUGGCCACCUGUCGCUCCUGGGUUGGGUACCAUCACCUUUACGCAUCGUGCACUCUCUGCAAUGUCAGGGCGAGGGCAGCCGGGACGCAGUUCAUCAUCUUUACCGUGGCUUUGCACUCUCUCACUUUCCUCCUCACGCUGAUCGUGCUGUGUGUAACCUACCUGAAAGUGCUGAAAGUUGCACGGUUUCACUGUAAACGCAUAGACGUGAUCACCAUGCAGACGUUGUUGCUGCUUGUGGAUAUUCACCCCAGUGUUCGCCAGAAAUGCUUGGAUGAGCAGAGGCAGAGGAGGCAGAGGGCCAUCAAGAAGAUCAGUACUUUCAUCGGCACAUUUGUGGUGUGUUUCACCCCCUACGUCAUUACAAGAAUUGUAGAGCUCUUCUCCCCGUGGCCUAUAAGUCCUCACUGGGGCGUGCUGUCCAAAUGUUUGGCCUACAGCAAGGCAGCCAGCGACCCGUUUGUCUAUUCUCUGCUGCGUCACCAGUACAGGAAGACCUGCAACCUGCUGGCUAACAAAGUCCUCAAGAGGAGUCCACUCAACUCCUCCUCCCUCAGGAUGGAGAACACUGCAGCGUGGUGCCAAAAAAACUCCAGCACGACCAACAACAUCCAACCUACUGCCAACAAACCAGUGUGCCCGUGAAGGUCACAGAGACACUCUACCGGGCUAUGGGUCUUUGAUGUUAGAUGUUACUUUAAGUUGAACUCAGUUCAUGAGAAAAUCAACAUAAUUGAUCUCUUUUGAUGGUGUAACAUCAGGGCACACCAUUACCAAAUUAUUUGUUAAAAGAAAAGGCCUUCAACAUUACGCAUUUUUCUUAUUGUCAACAAAUACAAUGAAAAGAUAAAAAACCACCAACACGAUGUCCCCAGCAGCCUGUGGCAAACCAAGCUAAUGUGUUCCUACAGAAUUUAUCAUUCUUUAAAAAUAGGUCAUAAAUAAAUAUUGGGUAUGAAAAAGGCAAAACGUUUAGCUGUUCACACAGUUAUUUAAAAACCGUUCUUUAAAACAGUAGUAAAAGGGACUUUGUAGAAAAUGGGCAUCGAUAUUUACAGCAGCAGGACUGUGUACAGAAUAUUAACACCAAAUAAACUACAAUGCCCAGCAUGCAAGGAACAAGGAAGUAAUAUAUAUAUGUAUAUAUUCGGUAAUAUAGAAUACCCUUUAAAGAAGUAUAGAUGGACCAUUUUCUAGGAUGUAUUUGUAGAUUGUAAUAAAGUGUAAUACUGUCCGCAAAGAUUGAACGUUUCUAAUGCGAUCAUUUUGUAGCAUACUGGUAAAUGUGUUUCAAAUACUUUGUGUACCAUGUAAAGUAACCCUUUGGUGACUCAUUUGGUAAUUAUGUCUUUAAAGACUCGAUCCAGAUGUUAACAGGAGUGUAGCCCCAUCUCCAAAUGUCAGGACACAGGAGCUUGUUACCCCUGAAUAUUUUAGCAGGUCUUAACUAUUACCAUUCUCUGAUGCUUAAAGGUUAGAUCAAAUCAGUACGGCAUUACCACGUGAAUAAACCCAAGAGUAUUUUCAUUACCUCAAGUAUAUAAGGAUAUUCACAUCAUAUAAACAAUGUUUUACAUCCCACCUGAACAGAAUGGCUGAAUAUUUAAAUUCAAGUGUAACCUCUGACCUCAAUGUUGAUUCUCUGGCUGGAUAAAGGGAAUGGAUGCUAUAAAAUAGAUGGUAAUUUAGUCAUGUUUUAUGCGCCGCACUGAUGGUUUAAUUGAAAUGACUGUCUGUCGUAGCUGUGAGGCCUGAGUUCUAAAGUGCCUUUUAAGCUAUGAGCUCUCUGAUUUAAUCCAAGCACAACAACACAACAGACCAAACCUUCACAUCAUGUUGUUUUCUUGCUAUUCUGUACUGUGGUUAAGAGUGGUUUAGUGUGUUAUGCAGUUUGGUCAUAUUGUAAGAAAAGUAUAGGUAAUGUUUAUUUUGUAAUACUGCCUCAUUGUACUGUUGCAUCAGGCAAAACAGGGUGAAUAUUAUUUGAAUGUUGUAGCAACUAUCCAGUGAUGUGUAAUUAACAUUCCAGCUCGUGCCGUGUGAGCGGCUAUGCGAUGUCUGGGGUGU